AUGACUCACUAUGCUCAGACUGGCCUCGAAGGCACCGUGACGUCUGCAGGUGAAGCCUGCCACUGUGUCAGUGUCGUCGGCCGCCGCACCAGCACCAUGACCCGUCUGCUGCUCACCGUCCUGCUGCUGGAGAGCCUGCGUGCCUCUGAGCAAGGUGCAGAGAUUCUGACGCCCCCUGCCCACGUGAGGUUCCAGUCUCUGGACUACAGAAAUGUCCUCCACUGGUCACCUGGAGGCAACAGCAGCGGACUGAAGUACAGCGUCCAGUGGAAGAUUUACGGCGAGCCCGAGUGGCUGGACGCAGACGGGUGUCAGGCGAUUCAGAAGCAGCACUGUGACCUCAGCAGUGUGACCUCUGACCUCAGGGAGUGGUACUACGCCCGAGUCCAGGCCUCCUCCUCGCCCUCCAGCCAGUCAGCUUGGGUCCUCUCCCCCAGAUUCAGCCCUCGCUGGGACACCCAACUGAGUCCACCGAACCUGCAGCUCAACGGCACACGACAGGGCAUCGUGGUACGAGUGAAGGCGGUCCGGCUGAAGAUCAGCUUAGACCUGACCUACAGGAUCUUCCUCAUCAACACAGAUGGAAAAGAGGUGGAGUAUGAGUUGGAUUCACACAAGCUGGUCGUGAAGAAGCUGCGGCGCAAGAGCAAGUACUGCGUGCAGGCCCAGACCCUCGUCCCCACGCACGGCAAGAGCAGCGAACGCAGCCGGCGGGAAUGUGUCAGCACGCUGUGACGGAAGGUGGACCCUGCCGCACGCCGGUGCUUGACCAGUGCACCACCUCCAGCCCAGACAGCCGAUGUGACUGAGCAGCCUGCUGGUUUCUCUCCGAUUCCAGGGCGACACUACAACCCUCCUCUAUACUUUGCCAUAGCCGCUCUCUAAAGUGUGUCCAACUACCUGCCUGUCGCUGCCUGUGAGGGGCUCCUGCACCUCUAAACCUGGACCAACACGUGGAUUGGACUGACAGGGGUUUCCCUCAAUGAUCCGUCAUUGGGUUUCACUUGCACCCCUUUCACUGCUUUAUUUGAAGUACAAUGAGCAAAAAAUAAAAAAGAACAAAGAAUAAAAAAACAUAAACAAGAGUCCAACUCAUGCAGUUCACAGUUCAAGGGUCCAAACUCAAGGCCCAGGGCGCAAUUCAGGUCCGCCAAGUCAUUUUUGGAGGCCAGCAGGAUGCUUAAAAUGAAAAUAAAAUUCAAUACUAACUUGAAGGACUCGGACUCUUAUGAGCCACCGAAAUCACUUAUGGAUCCAAAUUCUGCUUUUAAGAAAACAGAUUAUGAAUGACACCGAUUCAUCUCAAAUCUUAAUUCGGAUGGAAGGGAAUUCCAACAGAAGUACAUUUGUGUUAUGAGGAGGUGGAGGAUGAGUGACAUGAACUUGAAGCUAGCUUUAGCAAAUGCUAAAUAAAAGUGAAAUUUGUUCUUGUUUAAGGUUCGUCUUGGCUGUGUUGAACAUUUUGAGCCCAACACUUAAGGCAGCAGAAGAGGGGCUUCACUAUUGAAGGCAGUUGGUCAUGAUGUAAUCGCUGUAUUCUGUAUUGGAGCAGAGUCUAACUGUCCGUCUGGUCCGAGUCUGGUUCAUCUCUGGCACACACUCGCCAGCAAACCUCCAAUGAUGAUGUCAAUACACAGGUGGAGUCUAUGGAGAACCAGGACCGGAUGUAGAGGUUCUAGCUGCAUGGUGCAGUCAAGACUUGGAUGAAGUCACUAACCACUGUUUGAUGGACAGUUUUUGUACAUGUGUUUUUACUAUUAAAAUGUUUCUAAAUACCAUUGAAGCUGAUU